UCACAUCCGACUCUCCAGAUUUGGCUGUAAUAAAAAAAAAUUUCGUCAUUAUUUGUACACCGCUAAUUUCAAUAAUAGAAACAUAUUUACUUUAAGUAAAUAAAAUAAAAUGGCGUUUCGUCUUAUGACUGUAGCUAUCCGAAAACGUGCUCCCCUACUAUCUGCGCCAAGGAUAUUGACUCCUGCAGUACCGUCGCCAAUUGUCCGCACAUAUUUUGAAAGAAAGAAUCUUACGCCGUUUUGGGACGGCACCACUUUCUCGAAGAAAGCUAUAGCGCAUCACUGGGGGGCCGUUCCCAUCAUCGUGAUUUCACUUUUGGCCUUCACCACCGAAGUGAUAUUCUGGAUCCUGAUCGCCCUGACCAGGCACGACGUCGAAUACACGAGGAACUCGGCGCAUUGGAAAGCCCUCGAGACCCGUCAGGGAGUAUAUUAUCCGGCUGAAUACCGAAAGUUCAUACGGUUCCAUCAGGAAUGCAAAACUCCCAAAGAUUUAAUUCGCGCCAAUCAAGGUGAUACCGCCGGGCCAGAUUUCGCUGAGGACAGUGAUGGAAAGAAGAAAAAGUCGGGGGAGGAAACUGAGUUUAGCGGAAAGAAGUUGGCCGGUCAUGCAGUUUUAACUGGAGCUGCUCUUGGUCUGGCUGCCGCCCUAUGAGCCUGUGCAAUGUACAUUUUGUUUUCUGGGAAUGUUCCAUUGGGAAAUCAAUCAUCAUAAGACGAGGUCUAGUAGCGUGCGUUCAUAUGCUUUGGAGGUCGGAUAUUAGGUUGAACCCUAUAUCCUUUCAGCUAAACCUACUGCGGUUGCUUGGUAUGGAUUCGUGAGAAUUCGGAUCAGCUUAGUCUUGCCCGGGAUCUCCAAUCCAUAUGAAUAGCAAACGUCAACAAUACCAAUGCGCAUAUGACCAUCAUACUUCCCGUCGGUAUGGACUUUAGGGAAGUGAACCCACUCCUGUGACGACAAACUCAGGCUGAAACCCUGCGGAAAAAGUGAAUGAUCAGUGAACUGUGGAUGUGCCAGCAAGCGAUAGUCUUAAUCAAAUAGUGUGAUAGAACCGUUUAGAGAAAGUUAUCUGUAUACAUAGAAAUAAAUAAAUCAAACGAAUAAAAUUGUAGAGUGAAAAAAAGAUAGCGUUUUAAACUAUCAAUAAA